AAGACAUUUUCGCUAUUUGUUUAUUUGUUCAAUGAAUUCGUGCUCAACGACUUUAUCUAAUCAAUUUUUGAUAAAGAUAUGCCGCCCGAAAUCGUUUUGUGCCAUGAGAUAUUUUCGAAUGAAUCGAUGAAAUAGUUAAUCAGUUGUCGAAAAACUGCAAACGCGAUUGAAAGGAACAAUUGGGCGCAAAAAAAAACAAUUCAUCGACCGGGAUUCCAAUUUAUGAAUUUCACCACAGUUAUGAAAUACGACUUGACAAUCGAGAGAAAUGUUGUAAAUUCUUCGCAAUUCUUCGGACCAAGUGACUUUUUCUUUGUAAUUUUUUUGUUUUGACUUUUUUUUUUAAUAUGACUCAAGACUUUUGUCCGGACGCUUGGUGGAACACAACGCUCACGUGGGCGGAAUACAAUCCAGACUUCACCGAAUGCUUCAAGCAAACCGUUCUCGUUUGGAUUCCGUGUGUUUUUUUGCUCAUUUUUUCGCCAUUCAAUUUGUACUACCGAUUCAACAGUCGUUACGCCGACAUACCAUGGAGCUUCCUAAACAUCGCCAAAUUGGUCGGCGUUGGUCUGCUGAUCAUCUUAACGUUUGUCGAUCUGGGAAUGAUGUUGGGUCUGCGCAACGAGGAUGAUAUCUACAUCUAUGCGUCGCAGAUCGUAUCGGUGUCGCUGAAGGCUGUAAUUUUUAUUUUCGUCGCCAUUCUUCUUUACAUUCACAAAAUCAAAGGCCACGGAUCAUCGGGACUGCUGUUUUUGUUCUGGUUGCUGUUGACCAUCUGUGCCGUACCGCAACUGCGUUCGGAAAUCGUCAGCUUCGACAGCGGAAAUCUGAACACAUGGGCCCGAUUCCAGUUCAUCAAUUUCGUCAUUUUCUUUGCGCUCAUAGUCAUCCAACUGGUGUUGAAUUGCUUCCCGGACAAGAAACCGCGCGUGUCCACCUUCCAUGUGAAGACAGUCAAGAAUCCAAGUCCGGAACCGACCUUAAGCUUCCUAAAUCGAAUUUUCUUCCACUGGUUCACAUACACAACGUACAUCGGAUUCAGACGACCAUUGACCGAAAACGACAUCUUCGACAUCCAUCCGGAAAAUACGUCCAAAGAACUGGUUCCACCAUUCGACAAAUACUUCGCCGAAAGUGUCGAGAAAGGACGAAGACAACAGGCCAACAAGAAGAAGAAGGCGAAAAAGGAUGACGGUGAUGUCACCCCGUUGAAAACAACAAACGGAUCAGUCACUCCGGCCAUCAUCAAAGCGUACGGCGUUCCGUUCUUACAUGCCGGAUUCCUUCAAAUAAUCAUUCUGGCUCUGCUGUUUGCGCAACCGUUUCUGUUGGACGAACUUAUCAGCUUCACGUUUGUCGCCGAAACGGCACCACUGUGGCAAGGUCUGGUACUGGCGGUCGGUCUAUUUUUGGUGACCUUUUUCUCGGCAGUCAUCAACGGCCAGUACUUUUACCGAACGUCACUGACUGGCAUACGGAUCAAGACUGGCCUGAUCAGCGCCAUUUACCGCAAAGCUUUGCGCAUAUCGAUCAGUACCAAGAAGGAUACGACCGUUGGUGAAAUUGUUAAUUUAAUGUCGGUCGACGCGCAGCGGUUCAACGACAUGAUCAACUAUUUCCAUGACGUGUGGUCCGGACCGGUGAUUAUGGGAAUUGCCAUUUGGCUGCUGUACAACAUACUCGGUGUGGCCGUUUUCGCCGGACUUGGCGUGAUGUUACUCAUGAUUCCCGUGAGUGGCGUUCUGUAUUCGCGACUGGAAAAGCUGCAAGUCGGUCAGAUGGCGGUCAAGGACGAACGCGUCAAAUCGAUGAACGAAAUUCUGUCUGGCAUGAAAGUGCUGAAACUGUACGCAUGGGAGCCGAGUUUCGAGAAGCUGAUAUCCGGCACUCGAGCCAAGGAAAUUGGCAUUUUGAGGAACAUUGCGAUAUUGAACGCUGGGUCGUACUUUUCGUGGACAAUUACUCCGUUCUUGGUCACAAUGGUCUCUUACAUUGUAUUCGUCCUUCUCGGUGGCGUACUGACACCGAACAAAGCAUUCGUGUCGAUCACACUGUUCAACAUUCUUCAGUUCCCUAUGGGCGUCUUUCCGAUGAUGAUCGCCUAUGUCAUACAGGUGGCUGUGUCGUUGAAACGUAUCAACAAAUUCAUGAACGCCGAAGAGAUCAACCCGGACAACGUGACGAACAAUCCGAGCGAAAAUGCGCUCAGCAUCGACGAAGGCAAUUUCACAUGGGGCGGCGAUUCCACGACACUGAAGAACAUCAAUCUGAAGGUGAAGAAGGAAAAGUUGGUUGCACUGGUGGGACCAGUUGGCUGCGGAAAAACGUCUCUGCUGUCGUCGUUACUCGGCGAAAUGGAGAAACUGAGCGGAACCGUUAAUGUCGACGGGAAGAUUGCUUACGUACCGCAACAGGCUUGGAUUCAAAACGCUACGCUACAGGACAACAUUCUAUUCGGCCGGCCGAUGAACGAAGACUUUUACAAUAAAGUUAUCAACGCCUGUGCGCUCACUGCCGAUCUGGCAAUGUUACCCGGUGGCGAUCAAACCGAAAUCGGUGAAAAGGGAAUCAACUUGUCGGGUGGACAGAAGCAGAGAGUUUCGCUGGCCAGAGCGGUUUACAGUGAAGCGGAUAUUUACUUGUUGGAUGAUCCACUGUCGGCCGUUGACAGUCACGUGGGAAAGCAUAUUUUCAUCAAUGUUUUCGACGAAAACACCGGACUGUUGCGCGGUAAAUCUCGACUACUUGUGACGCAUGCGGUCGUUUACUUGCCGAAAGUGAGCGAAAUCUAUGUGAUGGUGAACGGUGAAAUAACGGAGAGCGGAUCCUAUAAGGAACUGCUGGCCCAACGAGGAGCUUUCGCCGAAUUUUUGACACAACAUCUGCAUGAGAUUGAUGAUGACGAAGAUCUGAAAGCGGUACAAAGUGGCAUCGAGGACAAGGACAUCAAAUUGAUGCUCGAACGGUCGAUAUCGACCAUAUCGAAUCAAAUCAGUGAAAAAUCUUCGUUAGGUGGAACGGUGCAAAGACGUCGCAGUCGACGAACAACAGAGAGAAGUGAGAAAGAGAAUCCAAAGGAGGCGGAGGAGAAAGCAGACAAGACAAAACUGAUCGAUGUGGAAGAGGCUGCAUCGGGCAGUGUAGGAAUUGCCGUUUAUAUUCGCUAUUUCAAGAGCAUCGGCGUGCUGAUGUGUGUUGCUGCCGUUGCAUCGAAUGCACUGAAUCAGGCAGCGUCCGUCUAUUCAAACAUUUGGCUGACUGAUUGGUCAACGGAUCCACGAGCAAGUGACGUAACGGACGUAACAUGGAGAAAUAUCUACAUCGGAGUGUACGCAGCCCUUGGUGGUGCUCAAGGCGUAACGGUGCUGGCAACGUCGAUGAUCUUCGGUAUUGGUUGUCUGCGUGCGGCUCGUGACUUGCACAAACGAUUGCUGCACAACGUCAUGCGUUUGGCCAUGUCCUUCUUCGAUACGACACCGUCCGGACGGAUUCUGAACCGAUUCUCCACGGACAUCAACGUCAUCGACAACGUACUACCGAUGACCAUUCAGUUCUGGGUCAUGAUGGCCUUCAAUGUUCUGGCAAUUUUGGCCGUCAUUUCGUAUUCGACGCCGUGGUUUUUGGUCGUUGUGGUGCCGAUCGCGGCCAUUUACUUCCUCAUUCAGAUUUUCUUCGUUGCAACGUCGCGACAAUUGAAACGCAUCGAGUCGAUAACGCUGUCGCCCAUCUACAAUCACUUCAGCGAAACGAUAACGGGCCAGUCCCUGAUUCGUGCUUACGGCGAGGUUAACCGUUUCAUCGGGGAAUCGGAGAGCAGAGUUGACCACAAUCAAACGAUGACAUAUCCCAGCAUCAUUGCUGCGCGCUGGCUUGCUGUUCGACUGGAAAUAGUUGGAGCGCUGGUUGUCCUUUUCGCUGCGUUAUUCGCUGUGCUCGACAGAAAUACCAUUAGUCCGGCCGUGGUCGGUCUAUCCAUCAGCUACGCUCUGCAAGUUUCGCAGACUUUAAGUUUUCUGGUGAGUAUGACGGCAGAAGUCGAGACGAACAUCGUGGCCAUUGAGAGGGUCAACGAGUAUUCGAACCGACAACAGGAAGCACCGUGGAAAACGGUGAAUGUGGAUCCGGCCUGGCCGAAAAUGGGUGUCGUGCAAUUCGAAAACUUCCAGGUGCGCUACCGUGAAGGACUGGAUCUCGUGCUCAAAGGAAUCAAUUUCUCCGUGAAGAGUCAAGAGAAAAUCGGCAUUGUCGGUCGAACCGGUGCGGGUAAGUCAAGUUUGACGCUGGCUUUAUUCCGAAUUAUCGAAGCAGCCGACGGUAAGAUAAUCAUUGACGACAUUGACAUCUCCGAAAUUGGACUGCAUUCGUUGCGUGCACGCCUGACAAUCAUUCCACAAGAUCCGGUUCUGUUCAGCGGUUCACUGCGCAUGAACAUUGACCCGUUCAGGACAUACACGGACGACGAAAUUUGGAUCGCCUUGGAGCAGUCGCAUUUGAAAGGAUUUGUCAAGGGAUUGACGGAGGGUCUGGACUAUACGAUCGCUGAAAGUGGCGAAAAUUUAUCGGUCGGCCAGCGACAGCUCGUUUGUUUGGCCAGAGCCCUGCUGCGGAAAACGAAAGUGUUGAUACUGGACGAGGCGACGGCUGCCAUUGACAUUGAAACGGACGAACUCAUUCAAAAGACGAUUCGGUCGCAGUUCAGUGACUGCACCAUUUUGACGAUUGCACAUCGCCUGAACACAAUUAUGGAUUCGGACCGGGUGAUCGUAUUGGAUCACGGCGAAAUUGCCGAAUAUGACACGCCAACGGCUCUGCUCAACAACAAGGAUUCGAUAUUUUACGGCAUGGCCAAAGAUUCUGGUAUUACAAGCGUGGGAAACGCUACGAUAAUUGAGGAAGACACCAAGACACGCCUUUAAGAUCGAACAUACUGCGCGAAUGUUUAAAGAGCUGUUGGCCUGUUUGACGGAUGAAAAUUGAUGUAACGGAGAUUUUCGAGAGCUCCUAAUCAAAGCUGCUCGAUGGAUUGAAGUUGAAAUAAACGACGCAAAUUU